GCCCAUACACGCAUCGCCCAAAUGUCGGCGAGCACGUCCAGACAGGCACCCGUAAUCAUCAUCACCGGCACUCCUGGCACUGGGAAGACCACCCACGCGCAGCUCCUCGUCCAGGAGUCGCCCAUCCCACUGCAGCACAUAAAUGUCGGGGAAUGGGUCAAGGAGAAGGGUCUGUACGAGGAGUAUGACGAGGAGUGGCAGAGCUACACUGUCGAUGAGGACAAGCUAGUCGACGAGCUAGAACCACUCGCGUCGGCUGGGGGUAUCAUCCUCGACUGGCACACGAGCGAAGUAUUCCCGGAGCGUUGGGCAGACCUCGUUGUUGUGUUACGCUGCGAUCACACCCGAUUAUGGGAUCGCCUAGAGAAACGGAACUAUCCUCUCAAAAAGAUUCAGGAGAACAACGAGGCAGAGAUCAUGGAGGUGGUCCUGGAUGAGGCACGAUCAUCGUACCCUCCAGAGAUUGUAGUCGAGCUCAGGAGCGAAAACACCGAGGACCUAGAAGCCAAUGUCGCCCGCAUUGUCCAAUGGAUCGAAGCAUGGAGAAAAAACCAGGAGCCCUCUGAGCAAUGAUAACUCGAUGCAAGUGGUAUAUCGUGGUAUAGUGGUAUCAUACAGUCAUAUCCAAUCCGGGUCAGAAAUAAUUC